AUGAACAAAACAUUGAGUUUAACAUUGUGUAUUAUAUCGCUUUUAUUGACACUUUUCCUAGCGGCCCUGGACAUUGUUAUAGUAGUUACUUUAUAUGAUACUAUUGGCAUCAAGUUCCAUGACUUUGGGAAUAUCGGUUGGUUAGUUACUGGAUAUGCUCUUACUAACGCCGUUUUCAUGUUAUUAUGGGGCCGCUUGGCCGAAAUACUUGGUACCAAUGAGUGCCUAAUGAUUUCUGUUAUUAUAUUUGAAGUUGGGUCUUUGAUUUCAGCUCUUUCCAACUCAAUGGGAACUCUGAUCAGCGGAAGACUCAUUGCUGGAUUUGGAGGAAGUGGUAUUGAAUCACUUGCUUUUGUUGUUGGAACUUCCAUUGUUCAAGAAAACCAUAGGGGAACUAUGAUAACGGCACUUGCUACGUCAUAUGUCAUCGCAGAGGGGGUCGGGCCAUUUAUUGGUGGUGCAUUUAAUGAGCAUUUGUCUUGGAGAUGGUGCUUUUAUAUAAACCUUCCAAUUGGUGCGUUUGCACUCAUAAUUUUGGCAUUUUGUAACACAUCUGGGGAAUCUCUUCCAAAAGUGUCGCUGCUAUCAAAGAUCAAAAGUAUUAUGAGUUAUAAAUACGAUGAAGUAUUCAAAGCAAGCUUUUGGAAGAAGGCAUUCAAGGUAUUUGUUUUCAAACUAGACAUGAUCGGAGUUACUUUAUCGUCAGCAGGGUUUACGUUACUGAUGUUAGGUCUUUCAUUUGGAGGAAACAAUUUCGCAUGGAAUUCCAGUACCAUCAUUUCUCUUUUUACUGUGGGCCCGAUUUUAUUGAUAUUAUUUUGUGCUUACGACUUUCAUUUCUUGCCGCUAUUGGGCCUUCGCUACGAAAACAAGCGCACCAAGCCGUUACUGACAUGGAGUAUUGCGUCGAAUUCCGGAAUAUUCACAAGUUCUGUAACAGGGUUUUUUUCUUGCUUUGCUUAUGAAUUACAGUCCGCCUAUUUGGUCCAGCUUUAUCAGCUAGUAUUAAAAAGAAAACCUACGUUAGCAAGUAUACAUCUUUGGGAACUAUCUAUUCCAGCCAUUAUUGCAACCAUGGCCAUAGCAUAUCUGAACGCAAAAUAUGGGAUCAUCAAACCAGCAAUUGUUUUUGGUGUGCUUUGCGGGAUCGUUGGGUCGGGUUUAUUUACGCUGAUCAAUGGAAAAAGCUCUCAGUCAAUUGGUUAUUCCAUUCUGCCUGGUCUCGCUUUUGGCAGUAUCUUCCAAGCAACGUUAUUAAGCUCUCAGGUGCAGAUAAAAUCAGAUGACCCAGAAUUUCAAAACAAGUUCAUUGAAGUUACAGCUUUUAACUCGUUUGCCAAAUCUUUGGGAUUUGCGUUUGGAGGAAAUAUGGGGGCAAUGAUAUUCACAGCAUCCCUCAAAAAUCAGAUGCGCUCUUCUCACCUAAGUUUGCCAGAAUUUACGUCUGUAGAAACACUUUUAGCAUAUAACACAGAACAUUAUGAUGGCUCUCAAUCUUUACUAUCGCAGCUUAUAAACACAGCUAUCCAUGACGUUUUCUAUUGCGCUCUAGGAUGCUACGCUCUUUCAUUUUUCUUUGGAGUAUUUACUUCGAGCAAGAAAACAGCAAUAUCAGUUAAGAAGCAGCAAUGA